CUCACAUUAGCUUUAAUUAAGCAUGCUCAGAAGAUUUACACUAUGUUUGUUAGGAUUGCAGACACUUGAUGCCGUGCAAUUUAGUCGGUCAGAACUAGAAACGAUACAGCUGACUUUUUGUUGUUGGCUUUUUUUUUCAUAUGAUUCUUUUUUCGGCAUCCACUGCUCAGUUUGGUUUCGAUUCAAUUCGAGUGUACAUUUACGCUUACUUUUGUUCCUUUUUGAAUUUUUCAAGGUGAAGAAAAUUUCUUAUCAUUGAAUCAAUUUCUUUAUAUGCUAAUGUGGCUUUGUGCAAUAUCGAUUAAAUAAUAAUCUCUAAUUUUUCGACUUUGAUGUGUAUUAAAUUGGUCAAAGUAUAUUUACGGAAACGAGAAAAUAAGAAAAUUGAAUUUCCGUUUACUGUUAUUUUAUUCCAAUCUAUCUUGAUCUGUUUCUGUGCUAUGGUAAAAGUGACCCCAACACAAUUUUCUUCAUCCCGCGCUCUCUCUGCCUGCCUGCCUCAUUGACUUUGUAAUCGAGCUGUUAAUAUUCUAAUUUUCAGUCCUCUGACUUGACUGGCUCUCCUUCUCUACUCACUCACAUUGAAAGUGCUCAAUUUGAAUUUACACGAAAGCGACAACGUUUUGAGUCAAAAACACUGACGAUAAUAAGAAAGAACAAAAAGAAAAAAAAAGGAAUAAGAAGUGUGGGCCAAAGAGAGGCGCGCAAAGUGAAAAUUAUUGCAAAAACAAUGAAGGAAAAAUAAAUAAUGCAUGAAUUGAAAUUAAGCUAAAGCGGGUAUUUGAAUUUUCAAUCAUUCAUUGCUACCCCUUUUUCGUUCGUUUAGUAAGAAACUAGACGUCUUUAAGUGCGCACAUGAAAUGGGAACAAUUUUACAUGAAAUCCCUGAAGAUCCAAAUGAAGAUGAAAAAUCAGCAAAAUCAAUCGACGCAACGCCGUAUGAGAAAGUUCUAUCAAUUGUACAUGAUCCAAAGUACAUGCACGAAAUUGGUCUAUCGAGAAUCGGACUAUACAAGUUUUGUGGUGAUAUAGGAAAAGGAAAUUUUUCGCGAGUUAAAAAAGCUGUGCAUUUAUUAACAAAAGAUAAAGUUGCUAUUAAAAUAGUUGAUCGCUCACGAUUAGACUCUAAAAAUUUGCGAAUGCUAUCAAGAGAAGUAUCAACAUUGGAAUGUGUCCAACAUCCUUAUAUUUUAAGACUAUUUGAAGUGGUUGAAACACUCGGUCGAGUUCAUUUGAUUACGGAAUAUAUUCCUGGGGGUGAGCUGUAUUACAAAAUUGUCCAAAAUGGAAUUUAUAGUGAAGAUAAAGCUUCAAUUAUGUUCAAACAAGUUUCUUUAGCUGUUCAGCAUAUGCAUCAUCUUGGGUAUGUACAUCGAGACAUUAAAGCUGAAAACAUUCUUGUUCAAUCUGAUGAGCAUUACAAGUUAUGUGAUUUUGGAUUCUCAACACAAAUAACAAGUUCGCAGGAUUAUUUAAACACAUUCUGCGGUAGUCCCCCGUAUGCAGCACCUGAGUUAUUCAAAGAUGAACAGUAUCUUGCCAGUCCAGUUGACAUUUGGUCAUUAGGUAUUCUCCUAUUUUUCAUAUUAACUGGUAGCAUGCCAUUUUCAGCACCAUCAAUACCUCAACUAAGAACAACAAUUCUAAAGGGAGAAUAUCAACUUCCUGGAAUUUUGUCACCAUCAUGUGUAAAGCUCAUACAAAAUACUUUACUUCACAAUCCACUGCAUAGACCGAGUAUUGAUCAAAUAUUAAGAUGUGAAUGGCUACAAAAUCGAUCAAAGAAAAGCCUUGUAAAAAGCCAGACGUCAUUAGAUGAAGCACAAACGAUAAUACAGAAGCGUAAGAGGCCUUCAUUUUGGUGUUCAAAAUCACGAAGGACAUCGCCAAUAUCACCAAAUAAAAUUGAGAAACAACCACCGGAACCAAUUGAUUGUUACACAAAGAAGUUUGAUAAUGUACCUGUAGAGAAAUUUAGAAAUCCAAUAGAAAAUGAAUCGUCGUCGAUGUCAUCAGCUAAAACCGUAAUUCCCAUAAAUAAUCAUUUAAGUACAUUUAAGCGCAACAAUUCAUUAAUAAAUAGCUCAAAGAUUGUUAAUAAAAGUCACAAUAAUAAUAAUGUAAUUGCCCAAAACAACGACAUAAUUCAAGUCAGAUCUUACUCGAAUGACCAUUUAGAGGACUCAAGUAUAGAAAGUGAGAAAGACUUUGAACGCUUUAUGAUGAUUCCAUCGAGAACAAAUUGUGACGAAGACUUAUUAAGAGCUUUAAAUCCACUCGAGAAGGAGGUUCGUAAACUAAUGAAUUCACAUGGCAUUAGCAAUGAGCUACUCGAGAAACAUAUUGAUAAUGGACCACGUAGUGAAAUUAUAGGAAUUUAUCGUAUUUUAUUGAUGAGAUUAAAAACACAAAAGGAGCAGGCAUCCAUUGUAAAUGGCAAUCAAGGGCCAGAUCGAAGGAGUUAUAAAACAAGUAAUGCUAGUAGAAGUAGUAAUAGUAGUAGGAACCAUAAAUCACUAAGGAAAAAACGAAAUAAUUUUUGUGCCAUUUUAUAAGUUUCCAAUUAAUUUAAAUUAAUUAAUUUAAUGUGAUAUGAAAUUGAAAAAUAAAUCAAAGAUGUAUUACCUCUUUUAAAGUAAA